AUGGUCACGCCUUGCAUCGAUAUUCUGCACCAACUCAUGACACGCGUUAACGAAGAGCUUGGCACGCACCAAGGAUUGAAGCACACGAUACCAAACUUGGACCAUGAUAUCCGAGAGCUUAUGCGCUCACUACACGAACAUAACGUUUAUGUGAUCGAACCGGGGUGGACCAUAGACUCUGAGAAGCCUAUGGUCCCCAAUAUUGUCAAUGUGGGCAUCAAUCUGAUGGGAGGACCGCUGAACAAGUUCAAUUCCCUCAUGUCGCAACUUCGAACCCGAGCACGAAGUGCUCCCAUUGUGGGCGAAUGCUAUUCAGGGUCGGGAGCGGAUGGCAGCAUUCAUGCCCUACCAGUCGCUCUCGAAAAUGAGGUUGGAGACGAUGCAUGGGAUAUGGAUGCAGAGCAUCCAGCCGUUGACCUUGAUCCUUACUUCAGGGCUCUUGAUGAAAACGGCGGAUUUCCCAAGGCAUUGCUUGCGUUGGAGACUGCGGAAGACCCGGAGCUGGAUGAAUAUGAGACUUCGUGUAGUCGUAGCGUGGACUACCUAAACACAUUCUUUUUCCCCGCAUACGCGGCGACUGCGUCUGUCAUCAUAGCAUCCCUUCAUGGUCUCCUUGCACGCAUGAGGAUAUCAAAAUCCCAAGAUACCAGUUCUGCUGGUGUCUUACGGGCCGACGACUUAGCAGAAAACAAUGCGUCUACAGUCGGACGCCAGAGUGGCAUGGCUAUUCUGGCCUUCAAUAUUGCUCGAGCUCUCGCGUGCUUCGCUUUGCUGAGCAUGUCUCUGUACUCAGUAAUUGUCAGGAAGCCUGUGGAAACGUAUGGGAUCGGCGUAAGCACGAUCUGGCCUUACAUUGGGCUAUGUGGAACUUUUAUGUACACCUUUAUAUUGGCCCUUAUGACAAUGCUAGCCAAACCAGCGACAACCGUAAUCGCUUCUCGUCAUCUCAAUGCCGUGUUGCUUACCGCUUGGGUGGUGUAUAUGUAUCGAGAUGUCUGGCCCCUCGUGACGUUUACUCUGAUCCCUAUGGAUGCUGUAGAAGGACGUAUUUUGUGGGCCAAAGUCGUCACCCUCACUUUUGGAGCUGUGAUCGUCCCCUUACUCGUGCCACGGCGUUAUGUGCCUGUUAAUCCUAAAGGCGCACCAACGGAACCGAGUCCUGAACAGACUGCAUCUCUGCUAUCUGUGAUACUGUACUCUUGGUUGGAUAAGACCAUCGUUGACGCCUAUCGACUUCCUCACCUCCCUGUUGACAAGUUCCCUCCGUUAGCCGACUCGGAUCAAUCCCAAUAUUUGUCUGCACAGACAUCUAAGGAACUUGAUCCGUUUCAAAUGACGAAUAAACGGAGACAUAUAGGCUGGGGACUGAUCAAGGUGUUCUACUGGGAGAUUUUUACCAUGAUUUGUGCGAUCACAGCAAACACAUUUACACAUUUUUUGAGUCCUCUAGGAAUUAGAAACUUACUUCUAUUCAUGGAAACCGGGGGUGAAGGUGCCAUUGUGCGCCCGUGGAUAUGGGCAUUAUCAUUGUUCUUGGGCCCAUUCCUGCGUGCUUCCACCUUGUCAAUGUAUAUGCUCCCCUGGACUACCGUUUUAACUCGCACUGAGGCGAUUCUUACCCACUUGGUUUUUAACCAUGCACUGCGAAUGCGAAUCAAGGCUGAAAUUUCAGAAACGUCGAUAAACGAAGUCUCAGUGAAGGGAAAGCAGAAGUCAAAUGACACGUCGUCAGUCGGCAGUGGCUCUAACAACAGGCGGGAGCAGAAGAACGUGACCGGAAAGAUCAAUAAUCUCAUCACCUCGGAUCUUGGUUCUCUCGAGAAUGCGAGGGAUCUUUUACUAAUAUUAUUGGAGGUACCUUUGCAGAUUAUUUUGAGUAUUUACUUCCUCUAUGUUGUUCUCGGAUGGAGUGCCUUUGCUGGGCUAGCUACUAUCGUUAUACUAUUCCCCAUCCCAGGGAAGGUUGCAAGCUAUAUCAAGAGUGCCCAGAAAGAGAAAAUGAAACAGACGGAUGCGCGAGUGCAAAAUGUCACAGAAUGUAUGCAUUUUUAA